GCGCUCCGAGACAAGGGGGAAGGAGAAGGGAUCAGGAGCGGGAGCUGAGGGGAGGGAGAGGCCGGUCCGGGUCUGGCCGCGGCAGCUGCUCGCCCGAGGUCUCCAGGCCGGGCUGCGGCUCCGUCCUCCGUUCCUGGGCACCGUCUGCGAAGCUCCGCCGGGCCAGCGUGGGAGAGCCGCAGGCGGCGACCGCCGCAUCAUGUCAGCCAAGGACGAGCGGGCCAGGGAGAUCCUGAGGGGCUUCAAACUAAAUUGGAUGAACCUCCGGGAUGCUGAAACAGGGAAGAUACUGUGGCAAGGAACAGAAGACCUGUCAGUCCCUGGAGUGGAGCAUGAAGCCCGUGUUCCCAAGAAAAUCCUCAAGUGCAAGGCAGUGUCUCGAGAAUUGAACUUCUCUUCAGCAGAGCAAAUGGAAAAAUUCCGCCUGGAACAGAAAGUUUACUUCAAAGGGCAAUGCCUAGAAGAGUGGUUCUUCGAGUUUGGCUUUGUGAUCCCGAACUCCACAAACACCUGGCAGUCCCUGAUAGAGGCAGCGCCCGAGUCCCAGAUGAUGCCUGCCAGCGUGCUAACUCUUUAGCAUGGCACUGCUUUCAUCUCUACUUUUUCUGGAACACGAACCCAGCCCCAUGAUGUGAAGACAUUUAUCAGACCGUAGGAUCACAACUGUAUUUUACUCCAGAGAUCGACUGAUCUUGCGUUCCCGAUGCUUCAGUUGCUGCUUUCCGAGAACGUACAACGUACCCAAACAAGACCCAUGACCUUAACGUUUGUGUUUGAGACAUGAUAUGUAGUGGUUCUCUUCUGCAACAUAGAUGCUCCCUUUGUUUGUUUGUUGUCGCUUUUAACUUUUCUCAUACCUUUAUGAUGUACCUUUGCUAAAGAGGUUUCCAGAAAGGGUAGAAGUUCCAAGCUGGCAGAGUAGAGACUCUUCUAUUCUUACGUGAGAGGAUAGAAGUUCCAGAAUGGAGAAAAGAUCUCCCCGAAGUCAUGUGGAGAACAAUGGGAACGCAUCUGGGAUGGGGUGGGUGCUGGGAGGCCUUAAAACCCAGGCAGAGGAAGCCAGCGUGGGAGACAGUGAUGGUAGCUGGGUGCCCACAAGUCUGACAUGACAGAGAAGGGUUCUUUUUUAGGAACUUAACCCUGAGCUACCAGCAGCCUUCGCUGUUCUUUAUACAAUACCAGCAAUUAAAGGGCUUCCAGUUCACACAGUAGUAAGGGUCUGAGGCCACAGGGGAGGAGGAUACACCCAGAGAUGGGCUCUCUCUGGCAUAGCCCCUGCUCAUAUAUUCCUCCUCUGCUUCUGUCCAUUACCAAAGGGUCUGCCAGCGUCUGUGGAUGGGGAGGGGAAGGACAUUUUUAGUGGACUAUCACCAUCUUUCAGUGAUAAUUCCAUUCCUCACGUGAGGGCUCUUGUCUUCAAAAGCUAAUUUUUAAAUACCAAGAUUGGAUGAAAAAACAAAGUUAAAACGAAUCCACAUUUCCUUUUGCUUUCUGGAAAUGCCAUCUCUUCUCUCAGAGUGAACUCGCCCCCUUUCCCUGAACUACGUCUGUCCCCAGAAUUCCAGCAGGGAAGGCUCUCAGGGAACUGGACACCUCACAGUGGCGAGAGGCUGUCCCAGGGAAGCUUCUCUCCCUGCUUAGAGCCUCCUUCACUGCCCUUCUCCACUUACUCACCCAGCCAGAACUCUCAGGGACACACUUCUUUGCCAAC